UAAAAUCAGUUGGGGUCCGCUCUGCUCCAAGCAGAAUUUCCAGCGAGUCAAAGUUUGUGUAUGAAAAGUCCUUGAAAAUUGAGCAAAACUCCCAUUUUUCAACUUUACCUGCCGGAGAUUCCUUUUUCUUUCUUCUUCUAGGGUUUCGUCUUUUCACCGAUCGCCAUUUUUGCCGCUUCAACUAUUACAACCUUUGAGCUCCUGAAUGUCAAGUGGCUAUGGCUCUAUUCUGGUCGUUUCAGGUUUUUGGAAGCUGAUGAUCUGUCUUUCAAGUUGUGCCCAUUGAUCACUACCAUAAGCAAGUUCUUAUCUUUGUUCCCGAUAUGGCUUCUGGCUGUAUAAUGCCUUCAGCAGGUGGUAAACCUCAAACUGAUGCCAUGCUUGUCGACAAACUUCCUGAAGAAAUAAAUGAAAUGAAGAUCAGAGAUGAUAAAGCAGAAAAGGAAAUGGAAGCAGCUGUAGUUGACGGAAAUGGAACAGAAAAGGGCCACAUCAUUGUGACAACUAUUGGGGGCAAAAAUGGUGAGCCUAAGCAGACCAUUAGUUACAUGGCCGAGCGUGUUGUUGGACAGGGUUCCUUUGGAAUUGUGUUCCAGGCCAAAUGCCUUGAAACUGGAGAAACUGUGGCAAUAAAAAAAGUUCUACAGGAUAAGCGAUACAAGAAUCGGGAAUUGCAAACAAUACGCCUUCUUGAUCAUCCUAAUGUUGUUUCACUGAGACACUGCUUCUUUUCAACCACAGAAAAGGAUGAGCUUUAUCUUAAUUUGGUUCUUGAAUAUGUACCUGAGACUGUCUACCGUGUGUUGAGACAUUACAGCAAAGCAAACCAACGGAUGCCAAUGAUUUAUGUCAAGCUCUAUACAUAUCAGAUUUUCCGAGCUUUGGCUUACAUACACGGGAUAGGAGUCUGCCACAGGGACAUCAAGCCUCAGAAUUUACUGGUCAACCCACAUACUCACCAGCUUAAGCUCUGUGAUUUCGGGAGUGCAAAAGUUCUGGUCAAAGGCGAGCCAAAUAUUUCAUACAUUUGCUCUCGUUACUAUCGUGCGCCUGAACUUAUAUUUGGAGCAACUGAAUACACAUUUGCAAUUGACAUUUGGUCUGUGGGUUGUGUCCUUGCUGAACUGCUUCUUGGGCAGCCCCUCUUUCCUGGUGAGAGUGGAGUUGAUCAGCUCGUGGAAAUUAUCAAGGUUCUCGGAACACCAACUCGGGAGGAAAUCAAGUGUAUGAAUCCAAAUUACACUGAGUUCAAAUUCCCACAAAUCAAAGCUCACCCUUGGCAUAAAAUUUUUCAUAAGCGGAUGCCUCCUGAAGCUGUGGAUCUUGUGUCAAGGCUUCUCCAGUAUUCUCCAAAUUUGCGGUCUACUGCGUUGGAGGCUUGCACCCACUCUUUCUUCGAUGAGCUCCGUGACCCUAAGACUCGUCUCCCUAAUGGUCGACCAUUGCCACCUCUCUUCAACUUUAGGCCUCAAGAGUUGAAAGGAGCAUCUGCAGAGCUCUUAAACAAACUGAUACCAGAACAUGCUAAGAAGCAGUGUACCUCCCUUGGUUUCUAAACCUUGUGAAUGUUAUGUAUCUUUAGUAUACUUAUUUGCAAACCAAUUUGUUUAUUAUC